GCAAUGUUUAGUGACCAACAUAUUGAAGUUUGCUUUAACCAUAAUGGGCCCGGCAUAUUUAUGCCAGUCGACUCUGAAGGUAAAGUUAAACAGUCAACACUGGUCUCCCAGUUUCCGACGGCUACAGGCCUUAAGUACCAGAUUAACAGCAAAUGGAUGGCAGUACCAACAGAUGGAAGUGGGGGAUUUAUUAUACCCCACUCCAUAGACAAAUUAUUUGUCACGUCAAGCAAUGCUAAAGAAGAAGUUCGACAAAUUUUAUCCACUAAUAAUUUGGCAACAGAAGUAUCCAAAGUAUUUGGACAGUCUCCUCUCUCAAACCCAAAAUUCCUUACAAGCAGGAAAGACAUUAGAAAUAGCUACAAAGUACAUGUAGCAAAGAAGAAGGGUUUCCAGAAAACUUGUAAAGUCAUUUUUGUUAGUGAUGUACCACUCCCUUCUCUGUGGACAAGGAACUCAAUCAUUGUAGAAGGAAUUUUUACCCUAAACUCCUAUGAUUCUGAAUCAACAAUCAAGGAAAACCUUGCCACCUUGCUUCAACAAUCAACUGGUGGUUCAUAUACCGCAGACAGAAUAGUGUUUCUAUCCUACAGUGGUAAAGUUCUAAACCUGCCAUGUGUUCCACCUGGAUUCCAGUGGAAUGGGGAAUGUUUAAAAGCUAACAUUGGACAAGGAAAAUUGUAUGUCAUGGUCAAAGAAGACAAGAAGCAAUUGACAAUGAAUGAUGAGUCUGGUCAUUUAAGCUCUGAUGGUGAACUACCAGAUCCUUUACAAACCAGAAAUGUCUCUGCAUCUUCAGAUGUGAUUGAAAAAACUUUACAUGAAAGUCCAAAGGAUGGUAGACAUUCAGAAUCAUCCACUUCUGCAGUUUCCACACCCUUUGUUGAUGCGAAUGUUUCUUCAGAUCUUGCUCCUCUUGUACCUGUUCGACGUAAAAGGACUCUCAGAAGAGCAGCGCUUCGUUGUAAUAACACUAUAGCAACAGUUACUCAGCGGUCAGCAAGUGUCAGCACUGCAAGUGGUGGAGUGUGUGGAAUUCAGGACACAGAGACUGGUUCUCCAUGUAUUGAGAUAAUUGAUUCAGAGGAUGAAGAGCUACAGAGGGUAUUGGAAAGUAGCUUGCAAGAUUCUAUCUAUGAGGGUAAAUCAGUUGCUGGACGCCACUUGUCUGACAUAAUGAAGGAUUUCCUAAAGAAGAUAAAUAAAUUUGACAAGCAGGAAAUCAUUGUGAAAAGAAGCGAUGUGCUUGGAUCAGUGUUUAGAGCAUUGAAAAGACCGUCUUUUGAUUUAAUGUGCAAACUGUAUGUUAAAUUCAGUGGAGAACUAGGAAUGGACCAUGGUGGACCAAGAAGAGAGUUGUUCAGAUUGGCCAUAAAGGAGUUGGGAAGUAGCAGUAUGUUUGAGGGGUCUUGUGGAAACCGUGUACUGAGUCAUGACAUAAUGAAACUGAACCAAGGAUAUUACAAAUUAGCUGGGAUCCUUGUCGGUUUAAGUAUAGCCAAUGAAGGACCUUGUGUAACUCUGUGUAAGGAAUUCUUCUCUAUGAUGACCGGUGUUGCUGUAGAUUUACUUGCUCUUAAGCCAUGUCUUGUCCAGGAUGAGGAGUACAAACAAAAUCUGAUCAGUCUACAAAAUGUUAAAGAUUAUCAAGAAAGAGAUAUCUUUCUGAGUUCAAAAGGAGAAUGGCUUCUGGAGCAGGGGUAUACAGAAGCUUGGAAGUUGAAACCGAAAGACAUACCAGAAGUAGUUGGGAUUCUGGUGAAGAAUUUUAUUUUCUACAGGGUGUCAGCUGAAGUGGAACAGUUUUGUUCUGGUAUGAACAAAGUUGGAGGAUUAUGGGACCUGAUCGUGAAAGACCCCUUGCCAUGGGAGGAUGUGUUUUGUACACACAGAGCUGUUUCAAAGAAAUUCUUCAUUGAUGAAAUAGAAGUACAGCACAGUCCAGAAGGAUCAAAUAGGAGGAAGAGAGAAGAGGAAACCGUUUAUGCAUGGGAAAUCUUUCUUCAAGACAUUGAAGAGAAGCUGGUAGAUCUAAACUUUGAAGAUCUACUUUCAUUUAUAACUGGUGCGGGAGAGAUUCCUGUAAAUGGAUUCGAUUCGAAACUCUCCAUGCAGUUUUAUGACAAUGAUGAUGAGAAGCGACUGCCUUUCUCUUCUACAUGCUCAUUAACUUUCAGUCUGCCCCGGGGCUGCUCAUGUGAAUUGUUGCCAGCAAUGGUUGUUAGAGCAAUUAAGGAGUCACAAGGCUUCCAUAAGAUUUGAAUGAUAUAUUGAUGUCAAUUAAUGUCAGUUUUUUAUAUUCAUCUUAUAAGAAUGUGACAAGAUGUCCAAAGAUGUUCUGUUUAGGCUACAUGUGUAACCAGUCAAAUUUUACCUGUUACUUAGAGCAGCUCCCAUGAUGUAUUUUCAGCAUUGAUUGUUAGAGCAUUGAAAGAGUCACAAGGUUUCCAUAAGAUUUGAAUGAUAUAUUGAUGUCAAUUAAUGUCAGUUUUUUAUAUUCAUCUGAUAAGAAUGUGACAAGAUGUCCAAAGAUGUUCUGUUUAGGCUACAUGUGUAACCAGUCAAAUUUUACCUGUUACUUAGAGCAGCUCCCAUGAUGUAUUUUCAGCAUUGAUUGUUAGAGCAUUGAAAGAGUCACAAGGUUUCCAUAAGAUUUGAAUGAUAUAUUGACGUCAAUUAAUGUCAGUUUUUUAUAUUCAUCUGAUAAGAAUGUGACAAGAUGUCCAAAGAUGUUCUGUUUAGGCUACAUGUGUAACCAGUCAAAUUUUACCUGUUACUUAGAGCAGCUCCCAUGAUGUAUUUUCAGCAUUGAUUGUUAGAGCAUUGAAAGAGUCACAAGGUUUCCAUAAGAUUUGAAUGAUAUAUUGAUGUCAAUUAAUGUCAGUUUUUUAUAUUCAUCUGAUAAGAAUGUGACAAGAUGUCCAAAGAUGUUCUGUUUAGGCUACAUGUGUAACCAGUCAAAUUUUACCUGUUACUUAGAGCAGCUCCCAUGAUGUGUUGUCAGCAUUGAUUGUUAGAGCAUUGAAAGAGUCACAAGGUUUCCAUAAGAUUUGAAUGAUAUAUUGACGUCAAUUAAUGUCAGUUUUUUAUAUUCAUCUGAUAAGAAUGUGACAAGAUGUCCAAAGAUGUUCUGUUUAGGCUACAUGUGUAACCAGUCAAAUUUUACCUGUUACUUAGAGCAGCUCCCAUGAUGUAUUUUCAGCAUUGAUUGUUAGAGCAUUGAAAGAGUCACAAGGUUUCCAUAAGAUUUGAAUGAUAUAUUGACGUCAAUUAAUGUCAGUUUUUUAUAUUCAUCUGAUAAGAAUGUAACAAGAUGUCCAAAGAUGUUCUGUUUAGGCUACAUGUGUAACCAGUCAAAUUUUACCUGUAACUUAGAGCAGCUCCCAUGAUGUAUUUUCAGCAUUGAUUGUUAGAGCAUUGAAAGAGUCACAAGGUUUCCAUAAGAUUUGAAUGAUAUAUUGAUGUCAAUUAAUGUCAGUUUUUUAUAUUCAUCUGAUAAGAAUGUAACAAGAUGUCCGAAGAUGUUCUGUUUAGGUUAUUAACAGUCAAAUUUUACCUAUUAUUUAGAGUAGACUAUUUAGAGAAAUGAAAAGACAGUGGGCACUUUAGAAUGUGCAUUGUAUUUACUUCAAUUUUUGGUAUACUUUAUGUAUUAUUUUAUAAUUUACUCCUGUACAAAACCUUACAAGGGCCUACUGUGUACAUGUGUGUGUUUUUAAAUGUUAGCUUUUGUAGACAUUUGAACUACAUUGCAUAAGAAUUAAAUUUAUUAAGUGAAAGAGAAUUUAGAUCCAUGGUAUAUAUAAUGGAGGUCGUCCAGUUCAUUUCUCAAGUCCCAUUUCUUUAAGAACUAUUAUCUUCAAAAUAUUUGAGAUGAUUUAAAUUAUGCAUUUUAUUUUUUUGUUCAUGAAAUUACUUUUACACAUUAAUAGAAGAACACAAAGAUUCUGGCCAUUCCAAGUUUUUUCUUUCUUUAGCAUCCACCCUAUCUUUCUGUAUGGAAAAAAAUACACAAGUUCAUAGGGGAGGGGGGGGGGUCACAAUAUUUUAAACACAAUUCUAGAAUUUCUAAUCAUUUGAGAAUUCUUGCAUUGCAGAGAUCUCCUUUCAUUGUAACUAUAGUCAAAAUACUAGUUUAUUAAAACAGAAUAUUUUUGGUACGCCCAUUUUAUAUUUUUUAAAAUAAGAAACCGAUCUCUCAAGAGUAAGUUGCCUUUCAAAGAUUAUUGUAUUUGUCAAUAUUAAUUUGUGAUUGUUUUUAAUUUUACAUGUAUAAACUAAAAAAGAAAUCUGUCUGUAGAUGCUAAACAUAGAAAUAACUUGGAAUUGCCUAUUAUUGUUGUGUACUUGAUAUGCAAAUUUGAACAAGGAGAUGAAGUGAGCAAUGUUUCCCGAAUUGGUCUUUCUUUCUUAUGUGUACAGUUGGUACAUUUUUUGUUGGACAACUGAAUUGGCAAUUCACAGUAUCUCAUGUUCCUUUUUUUCCAUGAAUUACUCUCAUUUUCAUGAUUGCAUGAAGAAACAUGAUAUUUUACAUUUUGAAGUUAAUAAGUUGCAGGCCAAAUUUCUCAGUGAAUAUUAUAUUUGCAAUAUGUUUAAAUUUUUCAAAAUGCACACAAAUCAUUUUUACAUACUGGAAUAGAUUAAGCAAAUCAUAAUCAAGUUAAAUGUUAGGGUUGGGUUGUUCAUUAAGAAUUUUUGGUGCAAGAGAGUUUUUUGCUUAAUUAAGUACAUUACUAAGCUAUGAACCUCCAUCCCCCCCCCAAAAAAAAAAAUGGAUAAAAAUACAUUUUUACCUGAGAGUUUGUAUUUUUUUUUUUAUCAAUGUAUUUUAAAAAUUCACUAAUUGUUUUAUUAAAAAAUGAUAAAAACAUUUUUGACAAGACUUUUUCAUAAAAAUAUAUUUAACAACCUCAGUAAACAAAGUUUCGGGGGUGUAUGGUUUUUGUCCUGCCUGUCUGUCUGUUUGUCUGCAAAAACUUGAACGUUGCCCAUAACUUUUGAUUAAGUGGAGCCAAGUCUUUAAUAUUUAACAUGUGUAUUCCUUGUGACGAGACCUUUAUUUGGAUACCACCAAAUUUGACCUUAGCGUUUGACUGAAUUUUACAUGAAAAUUUUAACAUUUUCUUUGGUCAUAUCUUUUGAAUAGUAGAUACCAGGACAAUUAAACUUCACAUAUAUAUUCUUUGUUGUAAGGCAUUGCAUUGGAUACCAACAACCUUGACCCUUUGACCUUGUAGAUUUCAGUACUUGUGAAAAAACUUUCACCUUGGCUAUAACUUUUAAUCGGUAUGGGAUAGGGAUUUCAUACUUCAUAUAAGUAAUCCUUGUGAGAAGACCCUUCAUUGGAUACCAGUAACUUUGACCUUGACCUUUGAGUUUGACCUACUUUAAAAAAACAAACCUUUUAACUUUGACUUUUAAGGGUUAGGGCUAGUGCUUUCAUACUUUACAUAUUUAAUUCUUAUGACAAGACCUUUCAUUUGUUAACAAGAACUUUGACCUUGGAAUUUGACCUACUUAAAAAAAAUUAACCCUUGGCCAUAACUUCUGAAAGUCUAGGGCUUCCAUGCUCUACAUAACUAUUCUGUGUGACAAAACUUCUUAAUGGAUACCAAUUAUCUUGACCUUUUAACAAUAGAGAUUUUUAUACUUAUUGAAAAAUCUUAAACAUUGGUUUACUUUCAAAUUUCACCCUUGAUUUCCAGUGCGAAUACCCUAUUUUUGGUACCAAUUAAUCAAAUUUGCAUUUAAGAAAAGUUCAGUCUUUGCUAUUACCAUACAGGGGCAUCAGUGUUUCACAAGCACAUCUUGUUCUAGUUAUUUUUGUGACAUUUUUGUAGUUUAUGAAAACUUAGUACAUUAAAGGCACUUUAAAACUC